AUGUCGAAGCUCGUGGUUGUUAUUGGCAUUACCGGUGUCCAAGGUGGUAGUGUUACAGACUCUUUCCUUGCCGACACCAACUGGCGUGUUCGAGGCAUUACCCGAGACCCCUCCAAGCCCGCCGCCCAGGAAUGGGCAGCCCGUGGGGUCGAACUGGUGGCCGCCGACCUGGAUGAUGUCGAGUCCUUGAAGAGGGCCUUCACAGGUGCCCAGGCCAUCUUCGCGAUGACCGAUUACUGGGCCCCAAUACUUGACCCUUCCGUGAGGGCAGCAGCAGCAGCGCGGGGCAUUGGUGCCUCGCAAAUAUGUGCCGAGUUGGAAACGCAGCGAGGCAAGAACAUGGCCAUUGCGGCGGCCGCGCCGGGGGUCCAGAGAACGCUGGAGCGUUUCAUUUACAGUGGCCUUGCAAGUUUCACAAAGCUGUCCGGCGGUAAGUACACGAAGGCCUGGCAUUUCGAUAGCAAGGCCGCAGUUGAGGAAUUUGUUCAUGAUGACCCUGAAAUGGUGUCUGCCGGGCUCAGCGGAAAAUCCAGUUUCAUUCACGUUGGCAUAUAUACCGACAACUGGCGCCGAUCACCUUUGGAGAUCGUGAAAGACCCCGAGUCAGACGGAUACUAUCGCGUUCAGAUGAGCGAUGGUCGAGACAAGGUGCCCUUCAUCUGGGCCCGUCGAGACACUGGGCCGCUUGUGAAGAAGCUCGUGGAAGACGUGAAGCCCGGCAUAACGCUGCUAGGAGUCAGCCAGAUUGCCUCUCACAGGGAAUAUCUCAACAUUUGGGCCCGAACUGUUGGUAAGAAGCUAGCGGGUGACGAGGGUAUCAAGCAGAUAUCGGCGGAGGAGUAUGUCAAGAAAGUGGGGGGUGACGAAGAUCAAAAAGAACAUAUCUUGGAGACUUGGAAAAGUGGCGAGGAGUUCGGCUACGAUGGCGAUGACGUGCUUCAUCCUAAAGACAUUGGCGCAGAACACCUUCUGACAUCUAUUGAAGAGUACAUGCAAUGGGAGGACUGGAGCUCUGUUCUGGACCGGGACUAG